AUCCUGGCAGCGGCGCCAGCAUGGCUGCACCAGACCCAGCCUCAGGCUGCCUGCACGGAAAGAAGCGGCUGCCAGCUUUCACCUGGGAGGUGAGGGCCAAUGACCGAAACUACCACAUGCAGUUCAAGAAGAAAUUUGCCUUCUGUCUGACCAAGAAGAAGUAUGCGGGCAAUGCCAUUAAGACAGCCAAGUACAACAUCUUUACCUUCCUGCCGCUGAACCUCUACGAGCAGUUCCACCGAAUGGCCAACGUCUACUUUGUCUUUGUCAUCCUCUUACAGACCUUCCCUGAGAUCUCCACGCUGCCCUGGUACACUCUGCUGUUCCCCCUGAGCUGCCUUCUCACCAUCCGGGGUCUACGAGACCUGAUCGAUGACAUUGGCCGACAUCAAAGUGACAGAAACAUCAACAGCAGACCAUGUGAAAUCCUGUCUGGGAAGAGCUUCCGCUGGCAGAAAUGGCGCGACAUCUGCGUUGGGGACAUCGUCCGCCUGCGUAAGGAGAGCUUCGUCCCGGCCGACAUGCUUUUGCUGUGCAGCUCGGAGCCCAGCAGCCUGUGCUACGUGGAGACUGCCGACAUCGAUGGGGAAACGAACCUGAAGUUCAGACAAGCCCUUCUGGUCACCCACCAGGAGCUGGUGAGCGAGGAGAGCAUGGCCACCUUUGAUGGGAGAGUGACCUGCGAGGAGCCCAACAGCCGCAUGCACAGCUUCACCGGCACGCUGGCGUGGAGGGGCGAGACCUACUCGCUCGACAGCGAAAGGAUCUUGCUGCGAGGCUGCAAGCUUCGUAACACCGAUGUUUGCUACGGCUUGGUUAUCUACGCAGGAUUUGAUUCCAAAAUUAUGAGGAACUGUGGAAAGAUCAAGCGGAAGAAAACCAAGCUGGACCGCAUGAUGGACCGGCUGGUGAUCAUAAUCUUCCUGGUGCUGUUGGUCACGUCACUGUGCCUUGCUGUUGCCUCUGGAUUCUGGGCCAGGAUGUUCCAGGAGAAGCACAGCUACCUCUCUGCUCUCUACAAGCACACGACCCCUGCCCAGCAGGCCUUCUUCAACUUCUGGGGCUUCACGAUCCUCCUGAGCAUCAUCAUACCCAUGUCCAUGUAUAUAACGUUUGAAUUCAUCUAUCUGGUAAACAGCUUUUUUAUCAACUGGGAUCUGGAAAUGUAUUAUGCUGUCAAGGACAUUCCAGCAAAAGCCAGAAGCACCAGCCUCAAUGAUCAGCUUGGCCAGAUUGAAUAUAUCUUCUCGGACAAGACUGGCACCUUGACACAAAACGUUAUGACCUUCAAGAAAUGCUGUAUCAAUGGGACCAUCUACGGUACAGGCACAGGCCAUGAGAACAAACAGCCAUCGGUGCGUAACUCCCCUCUCCCAUACCGGCUGGUUUAUCAGGCAGCUUCACCAGACGAAGAAGCACUGGUGUUGGCAGCCAGGAACCUGGGGUACGUCUUUCUGGCCCGAACGCAAGACACCGUCACCAUCAGUGAGCUGGGGAAGAAGAGGACGUACAAAGUGCUGGCCAUGCUGGACUUUAACAGCGAUCGCAAGAGGAUGUCUGUCCUGGUGCGAGACCCCCAGGGCACGAUCCGGCUCUACACCAAGGGGGCUGACACAGUCAUCCUGGAGAGACUGCAAAGGCGAGGGCCCAAUGAGACCUUCACCGAGAUGGCGUUGGAUCGCUUUGCAGAGGAGACACUGAGGACUUUAUGCCUGGCCAGCAAGGAGGUGAGCGAAGUCGAGUACAGCGAGUGGAGCAGGAGGCACCACGAGGCCAGCAUCCUGCUGCAGGACCGUGCACGGGAGCUGGACAAGCUGUACGAGGAGAUGGAGCAGAACCUGCAGCUGCUUGGGGCCACGGCCAUUGAGGACAAGUUGCAAGAUGGAGUCCCUGAGACCAUCCAGCUGCUGAAACUGGGAAACAUUAAAGUGUGGGUGCUGACGGGAGACAAACAAGAGACCGCAAUGAACAUUGGCUACGCGUGCAAGCUGCUCACUGACGACAUGGAGAUCCUGGAGGAGAAGGAGAUCAGCGAGAUCCUCGAGGCUUACUGGGUGAGCAACAACAACCUCAGUGGCAGCGGGGAAGCCCUGUGCAGCGGCCGCCUCCCCCAGCAGCGCCCAGAGGCUUCGUACCACAAGAAGAGAGCUAUCAUCGUCAGCGGGGACUUCCUGGACAAAAUCCUCCACACGGGAGAGGUGCUGAAGGAGAAGGGGUGGCUGUGGCGGCGGCUGGCUUGCUGCAGGGCUACAGGCUGCCAGGCGGUGAGCUGCUGCAGGGUGACCCCCAAGCAGAAAGCCCUCAUCGUGCAGCUGGUGAAGAAGCACAAGAAGGCCAUCACGCUGGCCAUCGGGGAUGGGGCCAACGAUGUCAACAUGAUCAAAACCGCUGACAUCGGGGUGGGCAUCAGUGGGCUGGAGGGCAUGCAAGCCGUGCAGUGCAGCGACUACGCCCUGGCGCAGUUCUCUUACCUCCAGCGCCUCCUGCUCGUCCAUGGCCGCUGGGCAUAUCUGCGCAUCUGCAAGUUCCUCCGCUACUUCUUCUACAAGACCUUCGCAGGUCUCAUGGCCCAGGUCUGGUUCGCUUUCCACAACGGAUUCACGGCUCAGCCUCUGUACGAGGGCUGGUUCCUUGCACUCUACAACAUUUUCUACACCGCCUACCCCGUGCUGUCCGUGGGCCUUCUGGAGCAGGACGUGAGUGCCAAGAAGAGCCUGGAGUUCCCUGAGCUCUAUGUGAUCGGGCAGCAAGACGAGCUCUUCAACUACCGUGUUUUCGGUGUCACCCUCCUGCAUGGGGUCAGCACCUCGCUCGCCAGCUUCUACAUCGCGCUCUGGGCCUUCGAGGACCGCGUCGGCAGCAAGGCUGUUGGCGACUACGAGUCCUUCGCCGUCACGGUGGCCACGUCGGCGUUGCUGUCGGUCCUCAUGGAGGGGAGCAUCAUCCUGGACACCAAGUUCUGGACGGCGUUGUCCUUCCUGAUGGUCACAGCCAGCUUGCUGCUCUUCUGCCUCUUCUCCUUCCUGACCCAAAGCAUCGAUGCCUUCAGGAUAGCCCCUGCCAUCUUCCGCUUCCCAGACGCCAGCCGGAAUGCCUUGACCGACCCCUACAUCCUGCUCGUGGUCCUGCUCUCCCUGGUGGUGAACACCAUCCCCUCGCUCACUGUCCGCUUGUAUCGCACCAUCGCGGGCAAAACCACCAUCCAGCAGGUCCCCAUCUCCUUGCAGAAGAUCCGCCUGAAGGCCAGGCAGGAGCCAGAGCCCUCGGUGGAGCUGCGUGCCCACGUCCCUCGCAGCU